AUGGUAAUGGCUGACCAUGAGGAUGACAUAAAGGUUUUAACUUCAUUGUCUGAACUUGCAAAUGUUAGUGAAAACUUGACAAGAACUUUAGGAACUGAAAAUGUUCUUUCUGAAAUUCAAUCAACCAUUUCAUUGCCAGAAGUUGAAACUUUGAGCGUUGUGAAUGGUGGCCUACCUGCUGACGCUGACAGCAUCAACUCUCAACUUCUCACUGAUGUCAGGAGUGAAGAUGUUGAUAAGGUUGCCACAGAUGAGUUCGUUACAACUGAAACUACUUUGGUCGAAACCACUACUCCAUCCGCACCUGACAGUUUCGUGGAUGAAAGCUUCUCUGAGAAAGUGUCUACGGAUUCACAAGUCCAAGGUGAAGCUACUGUUGAAGCUAACGAUAUAGCUGGUACUCAAUCUGCUGGAUCAGUAACAAGUGCAGUUGAAGACGUUGAAGUAACAGAAGAACCAACUACUACAACAACAGAAGAGCCCACGACUACAACCACUGAAGGGCCAACAACAACAACUCUUCCAUAUAUUGCUCCUUCAACAACAGAAGAAGCAUUGUUGAAUGCUGGAUCGUACUCCGAUAUUUACUUUGACAUUAAUUCUGUGAGAGCUAAAGUUGUGGCAUGGAAGGCAUUCCAGGAAGAUAUCAAUGGUCGUCUGAAUGGAGGAAACUGGUGGAUUCCUCUCAAGGUCCUCGCGGGAUCAGCACAAGUCGUGAACGGAGUUCAAUAUGAAAUGAGAGUGGUGGGAGGACAAUCAAACUGCACCCAAGAAAUGAAUAUCUGGGAUAUGAUGCCUGAGAGAUGCUCUUACGCUGAAGGAGGACGACGAGCUAUUUUCAAUAUCAUAACGUAUGAGAAGAACUCAAGAUGGACAGACUACUCGCCUAUUCUCUCAAGAUCAUAUUCCAUUUUGAUCCGAGAAGUCUAUCCAGGAGAGGAUAUGGAGCAACUCUCAUAG